AUGGAGUUUCAUGUUAUUUUGUUUGCAGGUCUGUUUCCUUUGGUUUUUGCGAUUGUUGACGCUGAAAAUCAAGAUAAUUGGAUGUGGUUCUUAAGUCAGUUGUUAAAGGUUGUUGGUUCAAGCCGGAGAUUGACCUUUGUGUCGGACCGUCAAUAUGGGUUGUUAGAUGCUCUUUCAGUGGUUUUUUCCAAUGCACAUCAUCCAUAUUGCUUGAAUCAUUUGAAGAGAAACCUGAUUGACAAAUUGGUGGGAUUUCGUACUAACUAUAAGUUGAGUUUGAUGAAAAUAUUAGUUAAAUGUGCUUAUGCGCCAACGGUUGCUUCUUUCCAAAAUUAUAUGGAGAAAUUGAGGCGUAUUAUUGGGAAUGGUAGAGUUGAUAGUAUGUUGGAUGGUUUGCAAAAUGAUAAGUGGGCGAAUACAUUUUUUAGAGAGAAACGAUAUGGUGAGAUGUCAUCUAAUGUUGCCGAGUCUUACAAUAAUUGGAUUGGUGGGGCCCGUGAGUUGCCUAUUACUUGUAUGGUUGAUAUGAUUAGGGUUCAAAUCAUGAAUCAAUUGUCGAAUAGAAGAGCUGAAUCUAAAAGAUGGCCUACGAAAUUGUGUCUAAUUAUGGAAAAGAAGUUUUUGGACUCUUUGGAGCUAGCUAAGUCUUGGGAUGUGAUUGUUGCUAAUUGUUUUAGAGAGUCAUACAAGGAAUCUGUUUAUCUAGUGCCUUUAAGUGAGAGAUUUGACUUUGAUGGUGCCGGUAGUUCGAUUAUCAAACCUCAUAUAACGAAGAAGCAGCCCGGGCGGAACAAGAAGAAGAGGAUACUUUCUAGGGGUGAGAAUGUGAAGCAAAUCAAGUGUGGGAGGUGCUUGAAAUAUGAGAAUCACAAUAAGGAGACGUGCAAGGCUGCUAUUUGA